AUGAUAAGGCCAUCGUUAAAGAAGACUCCCUAUGAGCUACUCAAAAGGAGGAAGCCUUCAAUUGUACACUUCAGGACAUUUGGGUGUAAGUGCUUUGUGCACAAUAAUGGUAAGGACAAUUUAGGAAAAUUUGACCCACGUAGUGAUGAGGGUGUAUUCUUAGGAUACUCCUCGAAAAGUAAGGCAUAUAGAGUGUAUAAUAAGAGGACAAUGUGUGUUGAGGAAAGCAUACAUGUUAUUUUUGAUGAAUCUGAUGCCUUUGAUAAAGUUGUGCAGGUUCUUGAUGAUUUCGAUAUAGGUUUGUUAAGGUCAUCUACAUUAGGCUUAGAGCCAAAUAUAGAUGAGGAAGAUAACUUUGGUGUCAAAGCAGCAAAUCACCAAGGAGUAGGAGAUACAAAUACCACAGUUAAGGAAGUUGAAACAAAAAAGAAGAACUUCAUGAACGUAUCGAUCUUCUUGAGGAUGAAGUUGAAGAAACACCUGAUGAGCCUAUGA